ACCUGCAUCCAGUCCCCGCAGCAGCACCUUUAAACCAGCGGGCUCUUCCCCUGACACACGUCUGCUUAUCAUGCGCUGAGCAGCUUCUUUCUUUUUUUUCUUUUUUUUUUAAAAACAUCCAUUUGAAAUCGGGGGGUGGGGUGGGGGGACACUCCAUGGAUGCGCUGGUAAACCGUGCAGUCCCGCUCAGCGUCUUCGUGUUGUAUUUGGUUUGAGACAGGGACACCUUGAUGAAACAGCAGGAACUACGAGGACUGUUGUUGCAAUGGAGUCGGCUCUCCCACGGCUCAAAGAGCGUCUGUAAACCCACAACAUCUCGUUUCAUGGCGUUCUGCAGGUCGCUCUGCUCCGUGGACUUCUCCAUGAUUCUUUUCUGAAUCAUUUUAUAUAUUUUUUUUCUCCAUCUUUUAUUUUUUUUUAAAAUCUUUUUUUAAGCGCAAAGAGGGGAAAGAGGAUCAAAUUAUGAACGAGGAGAUGACCAAAAGCGAGGAGCAGCAUCUUAGUUUGCAGAAAGCCUUGCAGCAGUGCGAGUUGGUGCAAAAUAUGAUUGACAUAAGCAUUUCUAGUUUGGAGGGUUUACGGACCAAAUGUGCCACAUCCAACGACUUGACACAAAAAGAGAUACGAACGCUGGAGGGGAAGUUGGUGAAGUACUUCAGCCGCCAGCUGUCGUGUAAGUGCAAAGUGGCCUUAGAGGAGCGCAGUGCUGAGCUGGAGGACUUCCCUCGCCUCGGACACUGGUUCCGCAUUGUCAACUUGAGGAAAGAGGUCACACAGGAGAUGAGUGCAGGUGAAGUGACCCUGGAGGGCCUGCUUGAGAUAAGUGAGAAGCAGGUGUGUGAGCUGCUGCAGAAAUUUGGUGCCAAUGAAGAAGAGUGUGCUCGACUCAACGCCUCCCUGUCCUGCCUCAGAAAGGCCCACCAGCUUGAACAACUUGAGGAGGAUAAAUUGCACAGUAACGGAGGGAGCCAGUCGAAGCAGGACUGGUCCAUCCAGUGGCCCACCUCUGAAUCGGGCAAAGAAAACACUCCAGUGUGCCAGCCUGAGGCCAGUCAGUGGAUUCGGUUCCAGCUGUCCCAAAGCCCCAAAGUCCAGUCCAAGUACAACCAGCACAUGUGCGACAGCCCGCAGGCCCUGCACCCCCCUUUGUACGUUGAACGACUCACUGUUGACAGUUCGGCCACAGGGCUCUUCCCACUCUUGGACUCCGGUCAUCGCUCCCUGCCCCCAUCACCCCGUCAGAGGCAUUUUGGCCACACACCUCCUCGGACUCCGUUGGUAAUCAACACAAUGACCCCUCCAGGCACUCCUCCCAUGCGGCGAAGAAACAAAGUGAAAGCCCCAGGAACGCCACCUCCGCCCAGCCGCAAGCUCAUUCAUCUGCUGCCUGGCUUCACCACGCUGCACCGCAGCAAAUCCCAUGAGUUCCAGCUGGGGAACCGUUUGGAUGACACACAGACACCAAAAGCCAAGAAAAAGACCAAGCCCUUGAACCUUAAGAUCCACAGUAGUGUGGGCAGCUGCGAGAAUCUGCCCACGCAGCGCUCACCACUCCACACUGAACGCUCCCUGCGAUCCUUCUUUUUCCCCUCCUUCAUUCCUUCCACACCUCCUGUCCAUGCUGAAACACCCUCUGCAAACACUCUCUCAGUGCCUCGCUGGUCCCCACAGAUUCCCCGAAGAGAUCUGGGAAACUCAAUAAAACACAGGUUUUCCACAAAAUAUUGGAUGUCCCAGACAUGCAUAGUGUGUGGAAAGGGAAUGUUGUUUGGACUGAAAUGUAAAAACUGCAAGCUGAAGUGCCACAACAAAUGCACCAAAGAAGCCCCACCUUGCCAUUUACUAAUCAUACAGAGAGGUGGACGAGAAUCUCUCAAAGAUCAACAAGGAACGACUCAAGUAGCUCGUCUGGUACGGACUGAAUCAGUGCCAUGUGACAUCAACAACCCGCUCAGGUACACAGACCUGCACAUCAGUCAGACGCUCCCCAAAACCAACAAAAUCAACAAGGAUCACAUCCCAGCCCCGUACCAACCGGACUCAAGCAGUAACCCCUCUUCCACCACUUCCUCCACUCCGUCCUCUCCAGCGCCUCCUCUGCCCAGCAGUGCCACGCCCCCCUCGCCACUACACCCCUCCCCACAGUCUGCACGGCAACAGAAACAGUUCAACUUGACAGCCUCCAGUUAUUUCAAAUACAAGCAACAAUUUAUCUUCCCAGAUGUUGCUCCAGAGGCUCCGCCCAGCAGAGCACCGCAGGUCAUCCUCCAUCCUGUAGUGUCUGAGCCAGGGAAUGAGGGUAACCCUUUACUUCAAAUCGAAGUUGAGCCUACAUCAGAUAACGAGGAAGGCAACGACGAGGACUCCGGUGACGAGUUUGAGGAGAUGAACCUUUCGCUUCUGUCGGCUCGCAACUUCCCGCGCAAAGCCAGCCAGACAAGCAUCUUUUUGCAGGAGUGGGACAUCCCAUUUGAGCAGCUGGAGAUUGGGGAGAUGAUUGGCAAGGGACGCUUUGGCAAGGUUUUCCAUGGACGCUGGCAUGGCGAGGUGGCAAUUCGCUUGAUUGACAUCGAGCGUGACAAUGAGGACCAGCUCAAGGCGUUCAAGCGUGAGGUGAUGGCCUACCGCAACACUCGCCACGAGAAUGUGGUCCUGUUUAUGGGAGCCUGCAUGAGUCCACCACAUCUGGCCAUCAUCACUAGCUUGUGUAAAGGCAGGACACUUUAUUCCGUGGUACGUGAUGGCAAAGUAGUGCUGGACGUUAACAAGACUCGACAGAUUGCACAAGAGAUGGUCAAGGGGAUGGGCUACCUCCACGCUAAGGGGAUCUUACACAAAGACAUGAAGUCAAAGAAUGUGUUUUAUGACAAUGGCAAAAUCGUCAUCACUGACUUUGGACUCUUCACCAUAUCUGGGGUUCUGCAGGCUGGAAGUCGGAGAGAGGAUAAACUGAGGAUCCCCAAUGGUUGGCUUUGUCACUUGGCCCCAGAAAUCAUCCAACAGCUCUCUCCAGACACGGAGGAGGACAAGCUUCCCUUCUCCAAACAGUCAGACGUUUUUGCUUUUGGCACCAUCUGGUAUGAGUUACACGCACGUGAAUGGCCUUACAAGAGUCAACCAGCGGAGGUGAUCAUUUGGCAGAUUGGCAGCGGGGUGAAGCCCAACCUUGCUCAAACUGGCAUGGGAAAGGAAAUAUCGGACAUUCUGCUACUCUGCUGGGCCUACAAGCAGGAAGAGCGACCCAGCUUCUCCAAGCUAGUAGAUUUACUGGAAAAGUUGCCAAAACGGAACCGCCGCCUUUCCCACCCUGGGCACUUCUGGAAGUCAGCUGAGCUGUAACCAAGGCAUCGAUGGGACCGUGUCUUUGCAUGAAGCUCGUCCUCAGCUCUCCAAUAUCUGCUCCACUGCCUGGCUGCCCUGCCUCCCAACCACCCACCCUCCUCUUAUUGCCCCACUCUGCUACCACAGCUCCCACCUUUCCUGCUCCUCCUUCUUGCUCCAGCGCUGACACAUACAUGUUUCCCCCUAAUGCCUGAUUGGACCCUUUAGCGGUCAGUAGUGGCCCACUAUUGCCAGAGUGGGCUACAACACAUGCCGCAGACUUUCAUACAAAGAGGCCUUUCUCCGCUCUAUGCCUGAAGCCCUUCCCCAAAAACACCCAUGUCUCUCUGUUGAGGAAUUGUAAUGUGUGUACAAAACAUGAGCAUUCACAUCAGGCUGCAAAUCAUCUUCAGCUGCAAAUAUGUCUCUUUUAAUACAACAUCUCAUGUUCAGCUCUGUCACCACAGCUCACACCAUAGACAUGUUGGUUUCAAUGACUCAUUGGGAUACAUUAUGAGAUUAGCAUGGUUGCUGAUUUAAAUGGCAAACUCAUUUGAAUGGCAGUGUCAACUCAAGUAAAAUUUUGACGUGAUUGUCAUUAGUAUUUUCCAUUUCUGCAAUGAUUGAAUAUGUUGUAUUCAAACAAUAUUUUGUAAAACCUUUAUGUUUGCGUUCUAAUUUCCUCUCCAUAAAAACACAUUGGAACCUCCUCAAAUAUACAAUAUACAAAUAUUUUAUAUUUUCUUUUUACAUAUUAGACAAUUCUCCAAAACACUUUAUUUUACCAUUUUUUCUUUUGACUCAGUGGACAUCUGCAAUGUGGGGAUUGUACAAAUGUAAAAUUUCCCAUGACUUGCAGAAGAGUUUAACUUUAACAUUGAACAUGUCCAAUUUGUGAACAUACAAUUUUAGAAUUUGCAAGACAGCUUGUUGUUGUUGUACAGUAUUUGUUUGUUUUGAAAGUUAUUUAUUCCCCUCCCCCUUCUUAAUUUUUCAUAUGUGCAUUUGUAAUAAAAUGAAUCUUACCCGUACAACAAACAAAUCCACACCAAAUUCCAAUUUUAACCAAAUUUAAGAUAGUCUGAACGUGCAAUAAUGUGAAUGUGCACAUACGUCCAGUGUAGUCUGUAGGGUGAGUGGCUCGAUGGCAUCUCACCAGCAGCAGCAGUAGUUAAAAAAUAUUCAGUUUUGUUGCCCAGAUUUCCCUGAUAAUCCCAGCAUUUCCAAAAAACACUACUACUACUACUAAUCAGUCAGUUUUGUACUGUUUAAAAAGACAUUGUAAACCUGAAACAAAGUUAAAAAAACUGCCUACAGCUACCAAGUGACUCCAUACAUUUCCCUAAACGCUUCGUUAAAAUCCUAAAUUUUAAUUUGUAAGCUUGAAGAAGUAGUCACUUUUGGAUAAAAUAUUGCAACGCAACACACGUAAGUAAAAGUAAAUCAGAGAUUUAAAACAGAAAAUCUCAGUGUAACCUAAUUUCUUUUAACAAGGGAAUCUACAGAUUUGUCCAGACUGAACAAUAAAUCCCUUCUGAGGAAAAAACAAUAUCUAUGUCAUAAUAUCUCUUGUUAUUUGCAUAUAGUGGAAUGCAUGUGAGCUCAACCCGCCAGCAGACUCCCUUAUGAGAGCACUAGAAGCUAUGCUCGGGUAAAUUUUGCAAUGGGCUACACAGGCAGCCUGGAAAUCACUUUUACCUAUUUGGGACAAGUCUGUAGUAAAAAAGACAACAACCAUAAUCCCUUCAGCUUCCCCUUUUAUGGAAAAAAAAUAUCUCCAAAUACACUUGAAAUAUGUCAGUGCGAUACAAUCCAAAAAUCCUAUAUAUCGCAUGCUUCACUAUGCACAGACUGCAAAAAUGUAAAUAAAAAUCAGCAACAACAUUUUGGUCGAGUCGUACUGUGGGCUGCUUAUGUCUUUUUUUGUGGAAGAAGAUUAUUUGUGACACGGUUGGAGAAUGUAUGACUUUGAAAUUGCUUAAAAUGGCACAAAUGUGUUGCUAACAGCUUCUUAGAUUAAUAUGCAUACAAUUACUGAUACCAGCAUCGGUAGAUACUUGAGGAUGUAAUAUUGGUAUCGGGCAAGGAAAAGGGAUAUUGAGCCAUUCCUAAACAGUAUCCAGUUAUCAAAUAAUAACAGCCAAUUGGUUUUGAACAGGCUCUUAUAAUUGAAAACAUCAGGCAGGGCACACAAUUCACACAAAGGACAAAGGUUUGAUUAAGCCAAUGAUUACAUACAUAAUGUUAUCUAAGAUAAUAGGUUGUACUUACAUGAACUGCUCAGUUUAUUUGGUUAAUUAGACCAUCAAGUAUUUUUUUUAAUGCUAAAACUUUAUGAAAUAGACUGCAUUAGACUGAGCUAAUGGUGCAUCUAUGUAAUAAACUGGAAAUUCUAUAUUUUUUAUUUCUAAAAUGUAUGUUGUGGUGAAAAGAAAUAAACAAAAAAAAACAACACAAAUAGGAAUUAAUCUUGGCACCGACCCUAGUUGAAUAUUUGAAAGUUGUUUCCUGGCUCCUGUUCGUUUAAUUCACUUCUAUUCAGACAAUAGAGCUUGUCAUUCUUUAUUAGUCGGUGGCCACAGCCUCAGACCCUGUUAGAAUUAUUUCUCUGCAAUUCACUCUGACUUUCCUCCGUGCACUGGGUAAUCAGGAUGCUGUUGAGAUCAAACACAGAGGCAGGACAUCAAUAAUAAUAAUUAUUAUUAUUGGUAUUAUUACAAAUAACUCCUUCUAUUUUCCUUGUUCACUUAAUUUCCUCCAAUUUAAAAAAAAAUUAAAAAAAUUGCAGGUGAUGCAAUUAUGGUGUUGCACUCUCAUCCGUGGUAAAAAUGCAAAUGAUUGCUUGCAGAUGAGCAGAUUUUUUUUGUUUUCCAACUUAAAUUGAACUGUGCAUGGUUUGUUGCCAACACUGAUGAUAACAAACAUGACAGAGUGCAGGUCUGUGUUCUUUAAUAACAAUGUGAAACAUGGGAGUCUGUGAGAAAUCUUGUUGUACAACAGAGCACAGUGAAAGGGCUUCUCACUGUAUUUAUUUGUCCAACACUUUUGUUUGCGAAAGGUUUGAAAUUGUGUCACUUUUAAUCAUAUUUGUCAAAACUUGAGAAUGUACGGAAUGAUGUCAAGCAGCCUCUGCCUUCCGCCACGAGCAGAUGAUGCCGAUGCCGAUGAGCAAAAAAAAAAUCAGGAUCAUGGAUGCCACCAACCAAGCUCUGAUUUCCUGACAUCUGCUUUUGAUUCUACUGUCAUCCUUUGAGUGGAUACUGUGAGCUCUAUUCGAGGGCUGUUAUUGUCCAGGGCUUCGCUCUCUGAAAACCAUUUCAUAUUGUUUGCCUUAUUUGUUGUUGUUGACAUAUUGUAUCUAAAAAUGCUUUUUUGCUGCCCAAUCUCUCCAUGCCUGUUCCCAGCAAAUCAUGCAUCAACCUUACCAUCAACAUCGUCAUGACAAAAAACUCCUUUAUGACCAUUAGCUCCACCAUUCACAGAACAAUGUCCUUACUCAAAAGAACAUUAAGGCUUGAAAGGGAUCUUCAUUUGUAAAUUUUGUACAGUAAAAAAGUUUAUAAAAAGUUUUUUUACCCGUCCAGAAAGGAUUUAGUUUCUGCUGUUUAAAUGAAUGUCCAUGAAUUACAAUUUUUAGGCCUUGUAAUAAAAUGUGUGUUUUUUUGUGCAACAUCUGGGUUUGUUCUGCUGUCCAGAAGAGGAAAAAAAAAAAACGUCAAUAAAAACUUCUAGUCAUAA